UCUGCAGGAUCUAAAUUUCUUGGGAAACAAACACCCACUUUGGGUCUUUCUCUUUUCAUUGUUAUCAUAGAAUUUUGAGAGAGAAAAAAAAGAAAAGAAAUGGGAGUUGAUUUGAGGCAAGUAGUGGCCGGUAUACUCACUCUCACCAUGUUUGUGAUGCUUGGCCAAAUGAUUAAAAGAGACCAUUUUGAUUCUCUUAAAUUUGCACUUCAUUUUCCACUUUGCUUGGCAUCAAAUCUGCAACUUCAAGGGGAAAAAACAAAGAAAGAUAAUAUUAUUACAGUCAUGAUCUUUAAAAUGUUGUCUUUGGAAACACUGCCCGGAGAAAGUCAGGAUGUCCAAUUCGACAGUGGCAAUACUAUCAUGAACGAUGGCCUCGUAAAGCUUUCGAAGAGGAGUAAAGGACCAUGGAUGGAGGACAUCCAAGAGCUAAAGCCGUGCUGGAGCAGGACCGAUUUCGAUGAGAUCGAGCGGUCAAAAGGGUAUGUUACUUUCUCAUUGACAAAUGGUCCGGAGUACCAUGUCUCUCAGAUAGCGGAUGCCGUAGUCGUAGCAAGGUAUCUGUCGGCGACUCUGGUCCUUCCGGACAUUAGAGGAAGCAAACCUGGAGAUGAGAGAAACUUUGAAGAUAUUUAUGAUGUCGAGAAGUUCAUGAAAAGCCUAGAUGGGAUUGUCAAAGUAGCAAAAGAGUUGCCGAAAGAGAUAUCAAUGAGGGAUCUUGCAGCUGUGAAAGUUCCCAACCGGGUCACCAAAGAUCACAUUGUGGAAAGUGUAGAACCGAUAUUUAGAUCAAAGGGCAACAUAAGGCUCGCGACGUACUUCCCUACCGUGAAUAUGAGAAAAACAGCACAAAAGAGUAGUGCUGAUUCCGUUGCAUGUUUGGGAAUGUUUGGAACCUUAGAGUUGCAAUCAGAGGUUCAUGAAGUUGUCGAUUCAAUGAUUGAACGGCUUAGAACAUUGAGUCGCAAAUCAGAUGGCCAGUUUAUAUCAGUGGACUUGAGGGUUGAGAUACUUGGAAAUAAGAAUUGCCAUAGAAGUAGCUCCACCGGGGCAAAAAGUUGUUAUAAUGCGGUGGAGAUAGCUUUGUUUUUGAGGACGUUAGGAUUCGAUACAGAUACCACCAUAUACCUGACUCAAUCAAGGUGGGAUAACAGCCUUAGUGUCUUGAAGGAUAUCUUCCCUAAGACAUACACAAAGGAAACCAUAAUGCCAGAGGAGAAAAAGGGGAAGUUCCUUGAAUCCGAAGGUUCAGAAUUUGAGAAGGUUAUAGACUUCUACAUAUGUUCUCAGAGCGAUGUCUUCGUACCAGCCAUCUCCGGCCUGUUUUAUGCCAAUGUAGCCGGAAAAAGAAUAGCUUCAGGGAAACCUCAAAUCCUUGUUCCAGCUGAUAUACCUGGUACCUCCGCCACCGUCACCAACUACCUCUCUCCCUAUGUUGCCAAGAAGAACCACUUGGCUUAUUCGUGUUUCUGCUAACCCUCCGUUCGGAAGGGUGUUGGUUCGGCGCAUGUGUUUGUGGAAGCGUUCGUAAAAGCGUUCAGGGUCCUCCCUCCCAUUUACCUCAUUUUGAGUCUUUUUGAUUAAGUAGAGGGAAAGACCAACUUUGGUGUUAAAUGCCCUUGAUAAAAGUUGAUCUGCUAAGAUGGUUGUUCAUUAAUGUGCUUUUCCAAUAGGGUAAUAAAUGUUAAAAGGUUUUGAGUCAAUAUGUUGUUUGAUGUGCUUUGUAAAACUCCAUUUCUAUAAUUUAUUCAUUGUAACAAGGUUGCACUGUCUUAGUACUUU